UCAGUUAGUUGCCCGCCGAUACUCGAACAGCGUCGUGGUAGAAGUGCGCGACCGCCGACGCCAAAUUUGAAAUUCCGCGUUGGUUUUUACCUUUCGUGCCAUAUAAUUGACCGUUUUCCUCUUCUCUACGCGUCUUCGUCGCGGUUUUCUUGUUAUCUAUUCAAAUUAAUAGAAGUUUUAACGAAAACACUAAUACCUCCUCGUAUAAAGUAGUGUCAGUUAUAAUCUAGUGCGCGAUUAUUCGAUGUGUACACAGUGAUGUCGACGCAAAAUUACUACAAGGAAAAGCUAGGAUUCGAUCCUAGGGAGUCCAUUUACAACGACGGACCUCCGGAAAAGUACAGGAGGACCGAGGAGGUUCCUCAUGGGUACGAAGAGAACCUUACCAAAUUUAAAGGUACUAUAUGGGAUUUAUUUAUUGAGGCUACUUCAGAUGAGAGAGACGCAGUACAAAAGAAGACGUUCACGAAAUGGGUCAACAAACAUCUGAAAAAGACUUACACCUGUCUUCAUGUGUGUGUUAUUGUGAACAACAGCCCCUGUUGUGCCCCCGCUAGACGAAAUAUUAGAGAUCUUUUCGAAGACUUACGCGAUGGACAUAACCUAAUAUCUCUCUUGGAAGUUUUAACUGGCGAACAACUGCCAAGAGAAAGAGGUCAAAUGCGCUUCCACAUGCUCCAUAAUAUCGAUACCGCGCUUCAUUUUCUUCGAUGUAAAAACGUCAAGCUUGUCAACAUCCGUUCGGAAGAUAUCGUCGAUGGUAACCCCAAGCUUACCCUAGGUCUGAUAUGGACUAUCAUCCUGCACUUCCAGAUUUCCGACAUAGUAGUCGGUCAAGAACCGAACGUAUCCGCAAAAGACUACCUGCUGCGAUGGGCCAAGCGCACCACCCACAAGUACCCCGGCGUGCAAGUGCAGGACUUCACCAAGUCCUGGAGGGACGGGCUGGCCUUCAGCUCGAUCCUCCACAGGAACAGGCCCGAUUUGAUCGAUUGGAGUCGCGCGCGCAGUCAAAGGCCCAGAGAACGGUUGGAGACUGUGUUCUUCGUGGCCGAGAAGGAGUACGGAGUCACCAGGCUCUUGGAUCCAGAAGAUGUUGACACUCAUGAACCUGAUGAGAAGUCGCUCAUCACCUACAUUUCGUCUCUGCACGAGGUAUUUCCAGAGCCUCCGCCAAUUCAUCCUCUCUACGACUCUGCCGCUCAACAACGUGUACAAGAAUAUAGAGAAAUUGCUUCCAGCUUGCAUAUGUGGAUCAGAGAAAAGUACAGUCUCAUGCAGGAUCGCGCUUUCCCACCUACUCUGAUCGAAAUGAAGAAACUAGCCGCCGAAUCUCAAAGGUUCCGCACCGACGAGAUACCACCAAGACAAAGGGACAAACAGUACUGCCAUCAACUUUUCAGGGACCUCGAAAAGUACUUCAAGAGCGUAGGCGAGGUUGAUAUAGAACCCGAGUUGCAUAUUGAUAAUAUCGAAAGGAAUUGGCAGCGUUUGAUGAACGCGUAUCAAGAACGAGACAGGCACAUAUUGGAAGAAAUCAAGAGGUUAGAAAAGUUGCAAAGAUUGGCCGAAAAAGUACACAGAGAAAUCAAACAAACCGACGGUCAUCUCGAUCAAAUCGAACACGCUAUCGAGACCGAAUCAAGAAGGAUCGACCGAAUUCACCCGCUGGAGGCUAAGAAGAUCGCUGACCAAAUCGACCACGACCUUGUCGUAACUGAACAAGCCAUACAGUCGUUGAAGUCAGACGUAAACACUUUGCGUAAUGGCAGAUACCCCCAGGCUGGCGAACUGGAUAAACGGGUUAACAAACUGCACGAAAAAUGGGUACGUCUGCGACACAAUCUGCACAACAAAAUUGUCGGUCCUCUGGCUAACAUGAGUUUCCCAGUGGAAGAGCGAACAGUUACCAAACACAUCCGUACCGUACAAGAAACAAGAAAUAUCGAAACCAAUCCCCACUUUAGGUCUUUACAAGAACACAUCGAAUGGUGCAAGAAUAAACUGAAACAACUGAAGAAGGCUGAUUAUGGAACUGACUUGCCCUCUGUCCAGCAAGAACGCGACAUCCAUCAAAGAGAACAUAAGGUCAUUGAUCAGUAUCAUUCCAAAGUAGAACAGUGUGUUAAGGCUAGACAGUACUUCAGCGGCGAAGAACUGACUCUUUAUAACCAGCAUUUGGGUCAGCUUCAAAAAGUCUAUGCUGAACUUCUUUCGUUCAGUACCAACCGCAUGACUGAUUUGGAUAGCUUGCUGGACUUUUUGCAAUCGGCGACCAGGGAAUUGCAAUGGCUGAAUGAAAAAGAGGAAAUUGAAGUUACCAGAGAUUGGAGUGACGUUAAGUUAGACGUUGUUGGCAUUGAAAAACAUUUUGAGCAUCUCAUGAGUGAACUAGAAAAACGAGAAAUUCAAUUCAACUCAGUUUUGGAACGCGGCGAAGCUCUAGUCCUACAAAAUCAUCCCGCUACCAAGGCUAUCGAGGCACAUAUGGCCGCCAUGAAUGCCCAGUGGGCUUGGUUACUUCAAUUGACCCACUGCCUGGAAACCCAUCUUCAAAACACCAGAGUUUACCAACAGUUUUUCAAGGAUAUUCAUACUGCGGAGGAAUGGCUUAAAGAGAAAGACGAAAUCAUGAACAACGAAUUCAGUCAAGGAGAGUUUAGUUUAGAUGUCGGCGAACGACUUCUUCAGGGUAUGCAAGCGCUGAGGGACGAGCUUAACUCGUUUGGUGAUCAAGUUCAAGCAUUGACUGCCAGAGCCCAAAAUGUAGCGCCAUUGAAACAACGAAGACAACCCAUAACCAGACCAAUAAUUGUCACUGCUAUCUGCAAUUACAAGCAAAAUGAUUUUGUAAUUGAAAAAAAUAAGGAAUGCACCUUAACUGACAACUCUGGACGUAUUAAAUGGCGCGUCCACAAUGAAAAGGGUAUAGAAUGUCAAGUGCCUGGCGUAUGCUUCGUGAUUCCACCACCUGAUAAAGAAGCUUUAGAUGCAGUAGAUCGCUUGAGAAGACAAUAUGACAGGUCUCUUGCUUUAUGGCAAAAGAAACAACUUAGAAUGAGACAAAAUAUGAUUUUCGCUACUAUUAAGGUAGUGAAAGGUUGGGACUUGCCACAAUUUAUUGCUAUUGGUGCUGAACAAAGAAAUGCCAUCAGGAGAGCUCUGAAUGAGGAUGCCGAUAAGCUUAUGGCGGAAGGAGAUCCUUCUGAUCCUCAAUUAAGGAGGUUAAGAAGAGAAAUGGACGAAGUAAACCGUCUGUUCGAUGAAUUCGAGAGACGAGCCAGAGCCGAGGAAGAAAGCAAAAACCAAACCAAAAUCUUCAACCACCAAAUAUCCAAUCUUCAGCGAGCUCUUGAUGAGGCCGAACGUAUCAUUAACCAACGUGUAAUAGCUCCUUUACCCAGAGACGUAGACACCUUACAACAUUUAAUCUUAGAACAUAAAGAAUUCGAAUCCCACCUGCAAAACCUUGAGCCAGAAAUUGAGCAAGUUAAAGACACUUUCAGGUCAAUUACUUUGAAAACGCCUCAGCACAAAAAAGACCUCGAAAAAGUUCUGGAUAAGUGGAACUAUAUUUGGAGUACCAGCAAUCUAUAUAGUGAAAGACUCAAAUGCAUCGAAAUCGUUCUUAAUGGUAUCGAUGAUGCCGAAGAAGCCAUCAGUAAAUUCGAAAGCAAACUGGCAAGUUUCAGUGAGCUUCCCAACACAGAAAAAGGACUUAAUAACGUUUACGAACAGUUAUCAAAAUUGGAAAGAGAUGCUGGUCAGCAACAGAUGGCCAUGGAUCAGUUAAACGACGAUUUUGAUAAUGCUAGACGCUUGACUGAAAAGUCCAGACCUAACCAAAGGGGACCUCACGCCGAUGUCGAAAGACUAGAUAAAGAUAUUCAAAGGUUGAAUAAAAGAUGGUCCAAAGUUUGUCAGCAAAUAACUGAUAGACUUAAGGGAUGCAAACAAGCUUACGACUUAUUACAAAAAUACGGAGAAGCCAAACAGGUAGAAGAUAAUUGGUUGGAUGAUCAGUAUGGCAAAUUAGAAAACCUACAACCCAUUAAAGACAGAGCAAAAGAACAAUUGGAUGCGACAAGGAACCUGUUAAACGCUGUAGUGGAACGCACCCCUAAGAUAGAACAAGUCAAUCUAAACGGUGGUAGAUACAUCAGGGAAGGAAAGAUAUGGAGCAAGGGCAUCCAGAAAUAUCGAGACUCCCUCCUGGAAAUCCACCCUUCCUGGGACGUGACCGACAUCUACAGUAAACAGGAAUUUAUAGCAUCAGGAGCAGAAAUAGUAGCCAAUGAACUGGACGAAUUCAAUUCCAGAUAUCAGUAUCUGAUGGACGAGAUCUACGGAAGGCUGCAGGAUGUUGCCAAGUUGAAUCCCAACGACAUAGUAACUUUGCGAUUGGUCGAGCAAAUGCAGCCUCAGCCUUUUAAAACGUUCAGGACUGAAUUUCACAUGAGUAGCGCUAGUGAACACACAUCUACAUACACUACUACGACUCAUUAUAGCAAACAGUACGUUAAAUCUACGAAAACAGAAAAUGGAACUACGAUUAAAAUAUCUGAUGACCAGCAAAGACAUUACACCGACGAAACUGACAAAAUCACAAAUGGUCGUCCACCCGAUAAACACACCACCUUAACGCAAAUAAUUCAGGAGGUACCUCAAACUUACGGUACCUCCAUGCAGUUCUCAGAAAUCAAGUCUUUAAAACGCGUCCACAAGGUGCACGAAAGCAUCAGCACCGAAAAUAUAGUAGACGUAGCUGGAAUCAUCAAUCCGUUCACCGGUGAACAAAUGACCGUUAGGGACGCCAUAUCCGAACGAAUUUUGGACGUGAGAACUGAAAAAAUUAUCGCCUCACCCGACGGCACUCAAAUCACCAUCGAAGAAGCAAAAAGAAAAGGUCUUAUCGACCCGAAACUAGCAGAUAAACUUCAAAGCCCUUGCGGCGUUAAAGAAGACGGUCGAGAAUUAACCCUUCUGGAAGCCAUCCAACGAAGACUUUUAGAUGCAGAAACCACUUUUGUUGAUUCUUCUGAAAAACGUUUAAAGGUAACACACUCCAUGACAAUCAAUCAAGCCAUUGAUGAUGGAAAGGUAGACGUAACUUCAGGAACGUACAAAUUAGACAGCGGAGAAAUUAUCGAUAUCAAGGAAGCGUAUAAAAGAGGUUAUUUGCUACAGCACACCGAAGUUAAACUCCAAACGGGAGCUUUGGCACUUGCGGACGUGAUAACCCAAGGGCUUAUUGAUGACGUGACCGGUUGGAUCGUCGACAGAAAUUCCGGAAAUAAGUAUCAAAUAGACGCGGCGGUUAAAUGUAACGUCGUUGAGGGGGAUUUAAGGGAAAUAGUCAACUCUAAGACAGACUCGAAAGUAACGGUAGUACAAGCGCUAGAAAAAGGAAUUCUAAACCCCAAACUAGGUAAGUACGUGUUAGGCCACGAAAAAUUAUCACUCCUGGAAGCUAAGCGCAGACAGCUAAUUGUAAAACCCAAAACGUUAAAAGAACUAGUUGAUGAUAAUCUUAUAGACGAAAAUGGAAAGAUCCUUUCGCCUCUUCACCAAACCAAACUUACCCUUCUCGAAGCAGCAGAACGCGGCGUAAUCGAUGUAGACCAAAUUAAAUCUAUUUUAGAUCAUCGUUCUAACGAAUUAGUGACUUUAUCUGAAGCACUCCAAAGGGGCGUUAUAUUACCUGAUAGCACGUUUAAAAACUCUGUUACGGGAGAGAUUUUAACUAUUGUCGAAGCUGUGAACAGGGGUUAUAUUAUUUCGGUCGUAAAAAAAUCGAUAUUCGACGUAGAUGGGUUCCAACCUCCCGACAAAUCCGACUAUAUUAGUUUUAACGCGGCCUCGGCUAAGGGCUUUAUUAGUAAUAAGUACGACGGUAGUUUGCUAGUUAAUACAAAGAGCGGUAAGUUAGUACCUUUUAGCGACGGUGUUCAUUCUGGCGAAGUGAAACCCGAAAUUUACGAAAUGUUAACUCGAAAAAUCGGUAUUUUUGAAAAUCAGCAAGAACUGAAUGUGCUGGAAGCCGUUUUCAAGGGAUACGUCGAUACGAGAAGCGGCAAUUUAAUCGAUAUAAAGACGAAUAAAGUGAUAUAUCUCAACGAAGCUAUUGCUCAACAUUUAAUUACUCCAGAAGGAGCGGCUACUCUAAACAGCUUACUAAAUUUACAUGUAUCCACGAAAAUUACCCGAACUUUGGUUCAAAGGUAUGCUACGGUAACAAGUAAGGACAUUACACAAGAAGUUAUCACUUAUACUGAGGCUCUACGACUUGGGUUAAUAAGCAACGAACAACAAACAUUUACGGAUCCGAAGACAAACGAAAUAAUUCCUAUAGUUCAAGCUAUUAGUGAAGGAAAAUUGGCACCAGACGUUGAAAAUUCUGAAAAAGUUAUUACCCCUAAAGGCUCCCAUUCGACAAUUAUAACUAUAACCAGCAAGAAAGAAUCUCCGAUUAUAACAGAGGGAAUUGUAUCAGAUAGCAGAAGCUCUACUAGUGAAUUUUUAGUCAGUGAAAAGAAAUCAUCGGAAAAACAAGUAUAUGAAUUGCCUAGCGAGGGAUGGACUUUAAACGAUGCUAUUAACCAAAAAUUAUUUGAUCCCGUAACAGGUCUGUUUAUUAUUCCUGGAACAGACCGAUUAGCGAGCUUUGAGGAGUGUAUCAGCUUAAAGCUAAUUAACCAGAAUUCCGCUACAGUUAUUGACCCUAUAACCAAACGCCGUCUUAUUAUAGCGAAGGCUAUCGAGAAAAAAAUUCUGGAUAGUACGGGGCAUUACAAAAUUGAUAACGAAACUCUCACUGUUCAAGAAGCUAUUAAGCGCGGUUAUAUUUUGCUUGAAGAAGUAAUUCAAACUGAUCAAAUUAAUCAAAGACUUCUUCAAAUCACCAAAACAGAAGGUAAGCCAGCUAAAGUUGAAGUUUCGUCAGUGCUCGAUGAAUAUCCACCUGUCUAUACGGAAGUGAAAAUGUCUGAAGGUGCAGUUGUUCAGCCAGUGCAAAUACAACAUGAUGCAGUUUUUGACCCAACAACAAUCUCGGUUAUUUAUCCUGAAAAAAGUGAAAAGGUUGAAUUAAUAACCGCUGUUUUAGACAAUAAAAUUCCGGCCAAUACCGUAAAGGUAACAGAUCCGUUCAGCGGUAAACCUUUGGAAAUAAAAGAAGCUAUUAGAAGAAAUAUUAUUGAUCCAGUAAAAGGAAAUUACAUCGAUAAAACAGGCCAAAAAAUACCGUUAAAAGAGGCAGCUAAAUAUGGUAUUCUUACUGUAGUUGGUGCUCCAGUGGCUGCCGUCCAAACAAUUAUGAAAACAAUUAGAACAUUUUAUGUUGUGAAUCCCAAAACUGGUGAACAAGUUUCAGGUGAAGUUGCUCUAAAAGAAGGUUUGAUAGAUUUAGCAACUUAUGAGAAGAUGAAGGCUGAUCUGGACAAUGUAGAUACGUCAGGAACAACUCAUAAACUGAAAACUACAACAACAUUUACUUCUACGACAACUUUAAAGAUUACAGAUCCUAAAACUGGCCAAACAUAUACUCCUCAAGAAGCGCUAGAUCAAGGUUUAAUUACUAGCGAGCAGUUAAAAGAAUUAGAAGACAAAAAUACUCAAUCUACUCUUACCAUUACUACAUUAAAAAUCACUGAUCCUCAAUCAGGUCAAACCUAUACUCCUGAAGAAGCACUAAAAAUUGGACUUAUUACAGAACAGCAAUUAAAAGAUUUAGAAGAUAAAUAUAAAAAUACUGCUGCUCUAAAGAUAGCUGAUAUUAAAACUAAUCAGACGUAUACUCCAGAGGAAGCUCUGGCUAAAGGAAUAAUUACUAGUCAACAGUUAGAAGAACUAAAACUGAAGAAUGAAGAUCACGGAGCUGUAACUCUCAGUAUUACUGAUUCUAACACUGGCGAAAUAUAUACUCCGCAGGCAGCAUUAGAGCGUGGACUUCUUACAAAUGAGCAGCUGAAAGAAUUUGAAAAGGAAUCUCCUGUCUCGGUUAUGGAUAUAUCUGACUCUAAUAUAACUAAGCAUCAGAACUUAAUAGAUAUUAAAGAAGUCACAAAGCAACCGACAAUAACUAAAACAUUGACAACAGAUACUCUUAGUUUAGAUGAUGAAUAUGGUCCAUCUGAAGCUGAAAAAACUCGUGCGAGAAUUACAAUUGAACCAACAUACAGAGUUAAAAUUGGAAGAGCACAAUCACUCAGCCCCGACCGUGAGGCUAAGAGAACAGUACUGCAUAAACUCAGAAAGAGAGUACUGAAAUCUAAAGACGCUGUACAGACAGGUCUUCUAGAUUCAGAGACCGCUUCUAUUUUAGAUAAUCGUGAAAAUUUUGUGAACGAUUCAGGGGAGCCUUUAACAUUGCAGGAAGCUAUUGAAACAAAUAAAGUUGACGGUACGCAAGGAACUAUAAUAGAUCCUCAGAGAGGACACAAACUUAACAUCACCGAAGCUCUUGAGAGGGGAAUCUUAGAUCCGGACGGAACCAAUCAAGUACUAGUGCCUUUGAACCGUAGUUUAACUGUACCCGAAUUAGUUAAACAGGGUCUGAUCGAUCCCGAAAGUCGUAAAGUCGUCCAUCCAGAAACUGGUGCCCAUUUAAGUAUUAGCGAAGCAAUUAUCUGUGAUAUCAUUGAUCCAUUAAGCACUUUAGUGGAAAAAACUGGUGAUAAAGUAACCUUAAGCCAAGCCUUAGAAAAAGGAGUUGUUGAUGAUGAAGAGUCGCUGAUUGAUACAAGUAGCGGUGUUAAAAAAUUAGAAGAAGCAGUUACAGAAAACAUAUUUGACGAAUCAUCACAGUCAGGUCCGUUAAAUCUACCACCGGCUGGAAUGACAUUAGAUGUAGCUAUUCGAAGAGGUCUGGUCAAUCCAGAUAAAAAAGAAAUUGUACAUCCCAUCACAAAGGAUGCUAUACCCAUUACGGAAGCUAUUAAUGACAACUUUAUAAUGUCACUACCAAUUCCUGCCGCUCCACAUGCUGUUAAAAUAGAAGACGCAUUAGAAUCCGAUCUUAUAGAUACCGAUAGUGCAACGUUUAGAAAUCCUCAAACUGGAGAGGUAUAUCCCGUUUCUGAGGCUGUCGAAAAGGGGUUGCUAGUUGUUAAAGAUCAAACCGACACUGCUUCCUUUGUAAUUUCAAGUCCUGUUACCACCGUAAGUGCAGUUGCCGAUACUAUUCAUACUGUAACAACACUUACAAUUGAGAUUUUAUCAGGUUAUGCACUACUAAACAAUCAUGAAGUACAAAAUAUUGAAACUGGACAAAUAAUUUCUAUCCAGGAAGCUAGAAAGAGAGGUAUAAUUAAAGAUAUUAGCCAAACGAAAAACAAAACCGUUAUUAAAGGUAACCAUUUAUCAUUUUCUGAUGCCCUUCAAAGAGGCCUUGUCGAUAUGAAUGCUGGAGUUUUUACAGAUCCUACUUCUGGCGAAAAAGUUACUAUUCAACAAGCUCUACAAGAGGGUAAAAUAUUAAGUACUCCAGAAAUAUCGCACGAUAUAACUGAAACUUCUGCUACAGUAUCUACACAUAAAACUAGUGAACUUAAUAUUCACGAAGCUUUUGAAACCAUUUAUGAUGAGAAGACUGAAAAAUUUGUUGAUCUUAAAGAUAAUAAUAAAGAAAUUACAUUUAAGCAGGCUUUAGAAAAAGAAAUUAUAGAUCCAAAUUCUAUUAUAUAUGAUGUAACAGCUCAAAGACCCAUUACAGUAGAGCAAGCAGUUGAAAAGGGAUUAAUUGAUAGUCAAACUGGUAAAAUUAAGGAUGAUAAGACAGGAAAAAGUAUUAAUUUUAAAGAAGCUACAAAAAAGGGACUCAUAGCUGUCUUAGGAGGAUUAGCUUUGCCUGUGGUAGCUCCGGUAGCAGCUGGUGUUGCCGCUGUUCAGGCUGUGAAAGACUAUGCCGGUAAAAGAAAGCAAGUUCAACAAGAUAAAGUACAUGUUUCGAAUGUUACCACCGCAAGUCAACAGAAAACAUCCACAGUGCAUAUUUUGAAAAAUGAGCAAUCUGUAUCGAGCGCUGAUAUUGUUCAAAUACUACCAAUCGGUGAUGCUAUUGCACAAAAAUUAAUAGAACCAAAAAUAUGCCGCAUUAUUUAUCAGAAAAAGGAACUACCCUAUACAGUACAAGAUGGAUUAGAUCAAACUAAAGUUAGCCCUCUUGAUGUAAUUCAAGUUAUAACAAAUCAUAGAGUUAUUCUAGUAGAAGUUCACAAAUCUGCCAUAUUGACCAUUUCUAAACAAAUGACGGCAGAUAAGUUAUCCGAACUUGGGUAUUAUGAUAAAAAACGAAGAUUAUUUUUGGAUCCUCAAACUGGUAAUCAUAUAACAUUUGAAGAAUUAAUUUACGAAUUAGGAAUUAUUGAUCCCGAUACUGUUUUAGUAAAAGAUUUAACUAAAAAACCACCUACAUACAUCACUUUGCACGAAGCUUUAGAUAGACCUUUAGUUGAUCGACAGACCGGAUACAUGGUGGACCCAAAAACGGGCAAAAGAGUACCUUUCUUUGAAGCAGUUAAGCUAAGAUGGAUUAUACACGUUGAUGAUAAACCUAAAGAAAAAUAUAAACCCAUAACCUUGCAGGAAAUCGUCAAAACUGAUAAAUUUGAUCCUAUUAAAGUUGAAGUGAAACUCGGCGAAGAUGCAAUUUCACUUAUUAAAGCCUUAAAUACUAAUCUUGUGGAUGCAAAAUCGGUCACGAUUAAAGAUCCUAAAAACAUGCAGCUGGUACCAUAUUAUGAAGCUGUUGAUAAGCAAAUCGUUGAUCCACAAAGAGGUUUAAUUGUAAAUACUGCCACCCAAAAACCUAUAUCAUUUUCAGAAGGUUUUCUAAGCGGCUUUGUACUAGCAAUACCACGACCCAUUUCAUUACAAGCUGUCAUUCGUAACGGUCAAUAUGACUCUGAGUCAUCCCAAAUUAAAGACCGACUGACUAACCAAUUAGUAUCAGUCAAGGAAGCAGUGGAAAGGCAUAUUAUUGAUGAUAAAAUUAGUGAAAUUAAAGAUGUUAAAGAAGAUACUUAUGUUACUUUACAGGAUGCCUUAACAAGAAAUCUCGUGGAUGGCACGACUGGAAAAAUUAAAAAUACUAAAUCCGGCGAGUUAGUGCCACUUGAUAAAGCUCUUGAGCUACAGUUAAUCCGUACAAAACCUGCUGUUUUCAAUUUACUACAAGCCCUUUUGGCAAAUUAUUACUGUCCCGAAACAGGUCUUAUACUAAAUCCAAUAACGGGAGAGGACAUUACUUUAAUUAAGGCAAUUGAGUGCAAAUUGAUCGAUCCUGUUACAACCAGAAUUAAAGACGACAGACGUGGACGUAUAAUAGAGCUUCAUGAAGCUGUUCAAAGUAAUUUGAUUGACGGAGAAAGAGGAUUAUUAACCAAUCCACUAUUAACUUUGGAUCAAGCUUAUUUGAAAGGUUAUAUACUUAGUACAGUUUUACCUUGGUCUUUACAAGAAACAUUGGCUCAGAAAGUUUAUGAUGUCAAUUCUGGCAAAAUUAUUUUCAAUGAUUCCGUUGUCAGCCUUAUAGAAGCUAUCGAUGGAGGUAUAGUUAACUCUAAUGUUUUGACAGUAAAACAUCCACAAACUGGAGAUAUAAUAACUCUAAAUGAAGCUAUCCAAGCGAAAUUGAUAGAUCCAGUUAAAGGUAUAGCAUUCGAUCCAGUUACUAAUACGGAAAUGAAUCUAGUAGAAGCUCAAGAACGCGGAAUCAUUGUACCUUAUAAUACACAGAUAACAUUACCCGAAGCAGUAUUUAAAGGAUUUUAUGAUCCAGCCACAGGUAAAUUUAUUAAUCCCAAAAAUAAAGAAAGGCUGAAGCCUUCAAGUGCUAUAAAUAGAGGGUAUGUUGACACUUCUGGUACACUGGUAACUAUAGAUGAAGAAAUUGUAACAUUCGAUCAAGCUGUAACUGAUGGUCUCAUUGACACCAACAAAGGUGUUCUCAUGAGUUAUAACGAACCGGUUGACUUUAAUGAAGCUUUCGAAAGAGGUCUGUUUGUAGAAAUUCGACCCCCAAUUCCUCUGAGCGAAGCAAUCGUUAAAGGACUUUACGAUGAAGAGACACAACUGUUUUUGGACCCUCAGACAGGUCAUUAUCUAACUUUGAUCGAAGCUAUAGAAAUAAGCCUAAUUGACGUAGAAUCCGUUAGUGUUAAAGAUACACGUGUUGGUAUUUGGCGUAAGAUACCCUUGAUAGACGCUAUACAUAACAACUAUGUAGACGGGAAUACUGGCAAGGUACGAGAUUUCUCUAAGGGUGAAAACUAUGAAGUUUCGUUGCAGAAAGCCUUUGAUUUAGGACUAUUAGUUGAUAAUAAAGCUGCAGUAUCGCUUCAAAGAGCUAUACACCAAGGUCUGUACGAUGAAGCUACUGGAAAAGUCAUUGAUCCAAUAACGAACAGAAAGAUAACUUUGCAUGAAGCUAUGCGGAAUUUCAAUAUCAAUCCUCUGCUACCUUGUUACUUCGAUAAAAAACAAGGCAAACUAUAUACGCUUAGUGAGACAUGCCGUUUAGGAAUUAUUGAUAAACGUAAUGGUACUUUUAAGAAACCAUUCAGUGACACCUCAAUUACAUUAUCAGAAGCAUUAAACACGGGUCUUAUCGUUGAUAUUGAAACGGCAAACUUUGGACUAUAUGAAGCUAUAGAGAUGGGUCUUUACAGCCCAGAAGACGGCCUAUUUAUACAUCCUACUAGUGCUCGGAGGUAUACUUUGAAAGAGUCUGUUGAAAAUGAACUUAUUAAUCCUGAAACAUCUAUAGUAAAGAAUAGUAAAUUAAACAAAUAUGUUACCUUGACUGCGGCAAUAGAGUCUAAAUUAAUUGAUGAUGAACUAAGCGUAUACAUAUUACCUCAUGGCAAAACGAUAGAUUUUAUCGAAGCGAAAAACAAAGGUUUCAUAGUUACAUCUCAUACUCCGCUUACUUUAGAGGAAGCUAUACAAAACUGUCUUUACAGACCAGAUUCCGGAAAGUUUGUUGAUCCUUUGAAUGGAGAAUUUUAUGACAUAAAGCAAGCACUGAUUAGCAAAUUUAUUGAUCCGCAAACUACAGCUUAUAAAGACCUUACGAAUAAUACCAAUAAGCCACUGCUUUUAGCUAUUCAGGAAGGAAAGAUUGAUGUCGAAAAUGGAAUAGUUUUGGAUUCGAAAUCGAAGAAAGCCUAUAAUUUUGAUGAAGGUUUAAAGAAAGGCAUCUUAGUGACACUGGAUAAACCUCUAGAAGAAACAUUUGAACAACAAACCGUCACUGACAGUUCCGCUGCUCCAAAACCAAUCCGCGAAUGUGCCUUAGAAGAAGCUAUUAGGUUAGAACUAGUAAAUCCCGAAAUAGCGGUUACCAAAGAUCUGCAAACUGGUAGGUUUAAAACCGUUGCUGACGCGAUUAAAGACGGUGAGUUAGAAUUAAAUAAAACGAUUAUUUUUGAUGUUAAAACUACAGCGGUUAAAUCCCUUAUUAUUACGUACGAUCAAACUGUUAUUAUAUAUUUAAAAGAACCUUUAACAUUUAGACAAGCGAUAGACGCAGGUUUCCUAAACGUAAACACGGGUAAAUUUUCGGUGACUAGCGUAAACGAAGAAGUAUCCCUCAAAGAUUCAAUAACCCUUGGGUUUAUCGAUCCUGAUAGUGUGCUGAUUAAAGAUGCCAAUAAAAAGAAAUUGAUAAAACUGCCGGAAGGCUUCAGAAAAGGUCUGAUUGACGCUGAAAAAGGCAAUGUGCUGGAUAGCGCCACCUCUAAACUGUAUUCUUUGCCGGUAGCACUGGAUACUGGUCUACUAAUUACGCCAAAUGUAGGGUUUACCCUGAUAGAAUCGAUAAUUUACGGCAUUUAUAACCCUACAACGGGUUGUUUUACGGAUCCAUUUACUACUACGAAUAUAAUAAAUAGGAAAAAACUUACACUUAUUGAAGCUAUUGACGAAAAUUUGAUAGAUCCUAGUAGCACAGUGGUUAAAGAUUUGGAAUCUGGUACAAUAGUGUCGCUCUUAUCAGGAAUAGAAUCGAAGGUGGUGGACGGUGUGGCAGGUAGACUCCACGACGUACCUGAAAAGAAAGCAUAUGACUUUAAUAAAGCUCUGGAGAAGGGCUUAAUUUUAGCCGCCGAACAGCGGCAAGCCGUUGAAGAAAAGUACAAGCUUUGCGAUGAAACUCUUUCCAAACUUUUACACUGGAUCGGAGAAGUUGAGGAUAAGAUUGCUUCUCAAGAUGUUAUUCACGAGGUUGAAGAAGAACUAAGAAACCAAAUUAAUACAAUGAAGCAAAUUAAAGAUGAUUUGGAUCAACAUUCAGGCCAAGUAUCUCACUGUGGAGAUCAAGUUAAACAGUUAGUUUUGACAGCUGGAGAUAUUCUAUCCAAAAGUGAAGUGUCCGCUCUUGAAAAAAGUGGACGAAAUUUGAAGACCCGUUACGAUAAGGCUGUCGAUAAGACAGAUAAAUUACUAAGACGCCUUUUGGCUUCCAGAGAUGAAUUAGGCAAGCUUAAAGGAGAGCUGAACGUUUUCUCGUCGUGGCUUGGAAAAGCGAGAAGAAUCCUUGAAGAUAAAGAACGCGCUUUGACCGAUCUACAAAGGCUGGACUCCAGUGCUGACAGCACAAAAGAAUUUGUUAGUGAUGUUAUCGCCCAUCAAGCUGACCUUAGGUUCAUCACUAUGUCGGCUCAGAAAUUUGUUGAUGAAGGAAAAGAAUAUCUAAACAUUUUGAACGACUUUAGAACAUCAUUGCCAUCUCGUCUUCCUCAUAUCGAACCUUUAUCUACCCAGGAGUCUCCAGUUCGUAGCGAAAUUUCACUAGUUACUCAACAAUACAGAGACUUGCUAAACAGGGCUAAUAAUUUAUCUGAUCGCUUCUCUGGUGUAGGUGGACGUCAGAGGGAAUACUCUGACGCAGUAGAUCGCGCGAGGCAAUGGCUUCGAGAAGCUGAACCUCGUGCUAACAAGCUGCUUAAUGAGGCUAUCGGAGGAGACCCGAAAACUGUCGAAGACCAGUUACAAAGAGCUAAAGCUCUUAAUAACGAGUUUGUUACCAAUGGAAAAUUAAUUGACGGUGCCAAAUUGGCCACGGCUGCGUUAGUAAAAUCUCUUGAAGGACAAAUUUCACCGUCCGAAAUCAAUCGCCUGGAAUUUCCUGUUCAAGAACUUGAACACAAAUACAAUCAACUUAGCAGCGCUAUUGCUAGCCGUUGUCAAGAGCUCGAUACUGCUCUUAUUCAAUCGCAAGGUGUUCAAGACGCUCUUGACGGCAUCAUCGAUUGGCUAAAUCAAGCUGAAAACCAAUUCAAAAACAUCCAACGACCCGCAUCUUUAAUUCAAGAAAGAUUGGACGAACAACUUAGAGAACAUCGUGUAUUCCAGUCUGAUAUUGACACACAUAUUUCAUCAAUUGAUUCCGUUUAUUUAUCAGCUAACGAAUUAAUUGUUUCGACCAGUAAUGCACGCGUAGCGAAGAAAAUCGAAGGAAAACUGAAUGACGUUAAAACUCGAUUUGAAAAGCUUUUCGAUCGCGUUCAAAGUAGGGGCAUUUUCCUUGGAGAAGUCAACAGGGAUUUAGUGGCUUUUAAUAACCAAGCUGCUAAGUUCGACAAAUGGUACCACGAAAUAAUGGAAAUUAUUGAUUCGCGCGACUUAGCUAAACUUCCCGAUGAGCAAUACGCUUUGCAAAUGAAAGAAAUAGCCAGAAAUCGUGAAGAUAACCGUGCUUUGUUUGAGGAAGUUGUUGGCAUUGGAAAAGAUUUACUUAAUAAGAGGGAUGUUACUGACACUGCUAACGUUAGAGAUCGUGUAAAGAACAUGGAGACGCAAUGGCGAGAUCUUGAGAACCUUAUGGAAGAAAAAUCAAAAUUGUCGAAAUUACGUGCAGAACAACACAACGCUUAUGAAUCCUUGAAAGACGAAGUACUAAGUUGGUUAUCCAGAAUGGAAACAAAAUUAGCCCGCUUAGAUAUAGUGGCCGUCCAUCUUGAUACUUUGAAGAAACAGAACGAAGAACUGAAACCAAUUGCGUCAGAAUAUAAGAGCUACUCAUCAACUAUUGACAGAAUUAAUGACAUUGGCAUUGCGUAUGACAGUUUAAUAAAGGGCGAUCGACCAGAUUCACCAACUAGGCGUAAAGGUUACAGUCCCACUAAAAGAAUCUCUGGACGUCGCCCAUCUCAAGAUGGUCGCUCACCCUCACCAACUAAAGGCCUUAGUCCAUUAUCACCAGGCGGAUCAAGCGGAUUUUCUUCUCGCAGAUCCAGUCAAGAUGGUUUCCACUUGGAAGAGUUGUCUCCUGUUCAACAGCAACUCUCUGAGAUUAACAACAAAUACUCUCUUCUUGGUGUCAAAAUUAAUGAUCGCCAAGCUGAAAUCGAUUCUAUACGCGAAGAGUUAAGAAAACAACAAGAUAAUUUGAAAACACUUAGUGCCUUUUUAGAUAAAAUUCAAAGACAAUUACCCAAGGAUGCUGUUCCGAAUACUAGAGAUGAGGCAGACAAACUUAACAAACAAAUCAAACUGGUAUUAGAGGAAAUGUAUGAAAAACAGUCUCUUCUAGACACUACUAAUAGUCAAAUAAAAGAUUUGUUGAAACGUAAGGCUGGUGCUAUAGGUGCUGAUAAUCUUCACGACGAGCUUGAAGAUGUUAUGUCUCAUUGGAAGAGUCUUAGCGAUCAUCUAAAGAACCGUAUUAAAUUUAUGGAAGAUAUGAAGGAAUUCCACGAUACACAUGACUCUCUUGCUUCAUGGUUAGGUGCUAAAGAACGCAUGUUAACAGUACUUGGCCCUAUAUCCAGCGAUUCGCGUAUGGUUCAAUCUCAAGUACAACAAGUACAGGUGCUACGUGAAGAGUUCCGAUCCCAACAACCCCAAUUGCAACAUCUUAUUGACGUUGGAGAUGAUGUUUUAUCAUACUUGGAACCAAGAUCUCCUGAUCAUCAGAAAAUUAACAACAAAUUAACAAACAUUCAACAAAAGUGGGCCGAUAUAUUAAGUAAACUAGAAGAACGCGCAGAUUCCUUGGGAGCUGCAGCAGAUACUAGCAGAGAGUUUGAUGCACAGUUAACCAGACUUAGGGAUGCCUUGCAAGGUAUUUCAGAUAAUCUGGAUGAAGUUUCUUACGAAAAAGAACCAGAAGAGCAAUUAAGAAAAGUGGAGAAUUUGGAAAGACAACUUGAGGGUCAGCGGCCUUUGUUAGCUGAUCUUGAAGCUAACGGUGCUCAUCUAUGUGAUGUCCUUAGUGAUCCCGCAUCCAGAGCUGAUAUUCAAGCUAAACUUGCAUCUGUUGAUCGUCAAUAUAGGGCACUGCAAAAGAAACUUGAUCUUAAGAAGGCUGAAAUUGAAGGCUGUCUUCGUGAUGGGCGUCAGUUUGAAGCUUCUUGUUCAAAAACUCUUGGUUGGUUAUCGGACGAAUUAGGAUCUUUCAGUGAACGCCUUUUAAUAUCCGCUAUCAGAGAUGUUCUGGAACAACAACUUGCUCACCAUGAACCCAUUUAUCGGGAUAUUUUAGCUAGAGAACACGAAGUGAUUAUGCUUUUGAACAAAGGUCGGGAAAUGGUUUCUCGUCCAACUAAAGGAGACACUAGAAAUUUGCAGAGAGAACUUGAUAAGAUUCAACAAUCUUGGGAUAAAUUACGCAAAGAGGCUGUUGAUAGACAAACUCGCUUACAAACGUGCAAGGAACAUUGUCGUAAAUAUUAUACUGCCUUAGAAUCAUUCCUUCCUUGGUUAAGACAAGCUGAAGAUAAAAUUGAUUCAUUUAGACUUCAAUCUUUUGAAAAGAAACACAUUGAGAAACAACUUAAGGAAAUUCAAAGCUUUAGAAAUGAAAUAUGGAAAAAAUCUGGGGAAUAUGAAAACACUAGAUCACUUGGUGAUACUUUUGUGUCAUCUUGUGAUAUUGACAAGGAAGUUGUGAAAAACGAAUUACAAGAACUUAAAGAACGCUGGGAAAAACUUAACAAUGAUCUUAUACUACGCACACAAGCUCUCGAAGAUCAAGCCAGAAAGCUUUCAGAUUUCAAUGAAAAUCUCAGAGAUCUCAAACACGGUCUUGAACGAUGUGAAGAUAACCUUGCUGCUCAUGAUGCUCUAGGUGGUGCCUCAAGAGAUCCAAAACUUUUAGAUAGAAUUAAAUCUUUAAGAGAAGAGACAAGUAAACUCAAAAAACCCUUGCAAAGUCUUCGUAAUCAAGCUGGAGAUUUGUGUCAAGAAGCCGCUGACGUUGGAAUCGAUGCUAAUCAUCUAAAAUAUGAAGUGGAAAACAUUGGGGAUCGUAUUAACGAUUUGCAAGGAAAACUAGACGAUCGUUGCUCAGAAUUACAAUCUGCCGCUACUGCAGUGACACAAUUCAAUGAUAAAGUUAAAGGCUUAUCUCAUGACCUCUCUGGACUUGAAGCUGAAUUAGACAACAUGAAACCACCUGCAAGAGAUGUAAAAACCGUUCGUGGACAAAUCGAUGAUGUUAACAAAUUUCUUAACAAAAUUAAUAAAGCUUCAAAUGAUGUAGAUGACGCUAUCCAAGCAGGUGAAAGAUUGGUUGACAGUGGUUUCGCACCUGAUACCGCUCAAACUCGCCAACAAGUAGAUACGUUAAAGAAACAACUUGGAAAACUUGACGACAGAGCGCAUAAUAGAGAAAAAGAACUUGAAUCUACCCUCAAAAAACUUGAAGAUUUCUAUAUUAACCAUGCGGAAGUUUUGGAUGGAUUAGGCAAUGCAUCCGAUCAGAUACGUAAACUAAAACCUAUAGGAUCCGAUGUUGAUGGUAUUAGAGCCCAACAGAAAGAUUUCAAGAAGUUUAGAGCAGGCACGAUCGAACCUCUUAGCAGAAAUGUAGAAAGUUGUAACAGAUUCGGCCAAGGGUUAAUCCAAUCAGCCGCUCCUGGAGUCAACACUCAAGCACUGGAGAGAGAUUUAGAAAAAAUGAAUGAUCAAUGGAAUACCUUGAAAGAAAAAAUUAACGAUCGUGAGCGUAGACUUGAUAUUGCCCUAUUACAAUCAGGCAAAUUCCAAGAAGCCUUAGAUGGUCUUGCGAAAUGGCUGGCAGAUACAGAAGACCUUGUUGCUAAUCAAAAACCACCAUCUGCCGAUUACAAGGUUGUUAAAGCCCAAUUACAAGAGCAGAAAUUCCUUAAGAAAAUGUUACUCGACCGACAAAACUCCAUGUCUUCCUUAUUCAAUAUGGGCAAUGAAAUUGCUAAAGAAGCUGAUCCCGUUGAAAGAAAAGCGAUAGAAAAACAACUCAAAGACCUCAUUGGACGGUUUGAUGCUUUAACUGAUAACGCACAACAGCGGACUCUUGCUUUGGAACAAGCUAUGAAGGUAGCUAAAGAAUUCCAAGAUAAACUAGUUCCAUUGCAAGAAUGGUUAGAACGUAGUGAAAAGAAGGUUAGAGACAUGGAACUCAUUCCUACCGAUGAAGAAAAGAUUCAACAAAGAAUUCGCGAACACGAUGCGUUGCAUAAUGAUAUUUUAAAUAAGAAACCUGAUUUUAGAGAACUUACUGAUAUUGCAUCUAACUUAAUGUCUCUCGUGGGUGAAGAUGAAGCUGCCACUUUGGCUGAUAAAUUGCAAGAAGUUACUGACAGAUAUGGCAAUCUUGUUGAAGCCAGUGAAAAUAUCGGACAGCUGUUAUCAGCUUCUAGACAAGGUUUGAGACAUUUAGUUUUAACUUACCAGGACCUAGCUGCAUGGAUGGAUGCCAUGGAACAAAGAUUAGCAAGGUAUAAAGUCCUUGCUGUUCACACUGAUAGAUUGCUUGAACAAAUGGAUGACCUGACGGCCCUAACUGAAGAUAUUGCGGGACGCCAAGCCGAUGUUGACGGCACUGUAGAUUCUGGAGUUGAACUCAUGCGUCAUAUAUCAUCUGAUGAAGCUUUACAACUGAAAGAUAAACUUGAUUCUCUUCAACGUCGUUACAAUGAUCUCACUUCUCGAGGUUCUGAUUUACUUAAACAUGCGGAGAACUUGUUACCUGUGGUGCAGAAAUUCCAUAACAACCAUAACCGCCUUGUUGAAUGGAUGCAAGGAGCUGAGUCAAUUUUACAAUCCGCUGAACCAAACGAAGGAGAUAUUGCACGUUUAGAACUCGAUUUACAAGAACUUAGACCUGUAUUGGAGACCAUAAAUAUUUUGGGACCCCAGUUAUGUCAAGCUAGCCCUGGAGAAGGCGCUGCCACCAUCGAAGGUUUAGUAACUAGGGAUAACAGACGUUUUGAUGCAAUCGCCGAACAAAUACAAAGACGAGCGGAAAGAAUUCAUCUAGGCAAACAGCGAGCUUUGGAAGUUACUGGAGAUAUCGAUGAACUUUUGGAAUGGUUCAGAGAAGUUGAAAAUCAAAUUAGAGAUGCCGAAAAACCAUCCGCCGAACCAGAUUUAAUAAGAGUACAAUUAAAAGAGCAUAAAGCUUUGAACGAUGACAUUUCGAGUCAGAAAGGAAGAGUUCGUGAUGUUCUUUCAACUGCUAAGAAAGUUCUGAGAGAAAGUCCACCAAGUGAGGACACUUCCCUUAUCAGAGAAAAAAUGGAGGAUCUUCGUGAAGCUAUGGACACUGUGUCAGCUUUAAGUUCUGAUAGGUUGGGUAUUUUAGAACAAGCUCUCCCAUUAGCAGAACACUUCCACGAUACCCAUGUCGUUCUAGCGAAUUGGCUGAGUGACAUGGAAGAACAAGUUUCUAUGCUUUCUAUGCCCGCUCUUCGCCCUGAUGCUAUAGCUCAACAACAAGAUCGAAAUGAAAUGUUUUUGCAAUCUAUUAAUGAACACAAACCUCUUAUUGACAAACUUAACAAGACAGGUGAAGCUCUGAUUAAACUGUGCAAUGAGGACGAUGGAAUCAAGGUACAAGAACUUUUAGAUAACGACAAUUCUAGAUAUGCAGCGUUGAAACUUGAACUUAGAGAACGUCAACAGGCAUUAGAACAAGCUAUGCAAGAAAGCUCUCAAUUUUCUGAUAAAUUGGAAGGAAUGUUACGUGCCCUGACUAACACUGCUGAUCAGGUUAAUAACCAAGAACCAAUUUCUGCCCAUGUACCGAAAAUCCGCGAUCAAAUAGAAGACAACGAUGCAAUUGUUAGCGAUUUAGACAAAAGAAAAGAAGCUUAUGCAGCAGUAAAACGUGCAGCUGACGAUGUUAUUAACAAAGCAGGAAAUAGAGCAGAUCCAGCCGUGAAAGAUAUUAAACGCAAACUGGACAAACUAAAGACGCUUUGGGAUGACGUUCAAAAGGCCACCAAAGAUCGUGGUAAUUCUUUGGAAAAUGCUUUAGAUGCAGCUCAGAAAUUCUGGAAAGAGUUACACGCCAUUAUGGCCACUCUUAAAGACUUAGAAGAUUCAUUAGUGAGUCAAGAGCCUCCUGCAGUUGAACCUAAGGCUAUUCAAGAACAGCAAGUAGCGCUGCAAGAAAUUCGACAGGAAAUUGAUCAAACUAAGCCCGAGGUCGAUCAAGUAAGAUCAUCUGGUCAGAAAUUAAUGAAACUAUGCGGUGAACCCGACAAGCCAGAAGUCAAGAAGCACAUUGAAGAUCUAGAUAAUGCUUGGGAUAACAUCACAGCUCUGUAUGCUAAACGCGAGGAGAAUCUAAUUGAUGCUAUGGAGAAGGCCAUGGAGUUCCAUGAAACAUUACAAGACUUACUGGCCUUUUUGGAUAAAGCUGAGAGGAAAUUCGAAAAAAUGGGUCCACUUGGAACCGAUAUUGAUGCAGUUAAGAGACAGAUUGACCAACUAAAGGGUUUCAAAGCUGAAGUUGAUCCGCAUAUGGUAAAAGUUGAGGCGCUCAAUAGGAGUCUUAUAAGGCAAGCUCAAGAACUCACUGAACGCACAUCAGCCGAUCAAGCAGCAGCAAUUAAAGAACCUCUAUCUGCUGUUAAUAAGCGCUGGGAUGAUUUGUUGCGCGGCAUUGUGGAAAGACAAAGACAGCUAGAGAACGCUUUGUUACGUCUGGGACAAUUCCAGCAUGCUCUUAAUGAACUAUUAGUUUGGAUUUCAAAGACUGAUAAAACUUUGGAUGAGCUUAAACCUGUUGCUGGUGACGCUCAAGUUCUAGAAAUUGAAUUAGCAAAACUCAAAGUGUUGAUUAAUGAUAUUCAAGCUCACCAGACUAGUGUAGAUACGCUUAACGAUGCCGGUCGACAAAUCAUUGAAAGUGGCGAAGAUCGUCACGAAGCCUCCGCUACCCAGGAUAAACUGAAUACUCUAAAUACUCAAUGGCGGGCGUUAAUGCAAAAGGCUGCCGAUCGCCAACGGGAGCUCGAGGAUGCUUUGACCGACGCUCAUAGAUUUAAUGCAGAAAUUCAAGACCUGCUCUCUUGGCUGGGCGAUGUUGACGGUAUUAUCGCUGCUUCGAAACCAGUCGGUGGACUUCCAGAGACGGCUUCAGAACAACUUGAACGUUUUAUGGAAAUUUACAAUGAACUUGAAGAAAAUAGACCAAAAGUUGAAACGGUAUUAGCUCAAGGCCAAGAAUACCUAAGAAAGGCACCACCGAAUUCUGCAUCUAAUUUACAGCACAACUUGAAAACAUUGAAGCAGAGAUGGGACUCUGUCACAGCUAGAGCAAAUGACAAGAAGAUCAAACUUGAAAUCGCUCUUAAGGAAGCGACAGAAUUCCAUGAAUCAUUGCAAGCAUUUGUUGACUGGUUAACAAAUGCCGAGAAAAUCCUAACUAGCCUUAAACCGGUUUCAAGAGUACUGGAAACUGUCCAACAACAGAUAGAAGAGCAUAAAGUAUUUCAGAAGGAUGUCAGUGCUCAUCGAGAAAUUAUGCUUGCCCUUGAUAAGAAAGGAACACAUUUAAAAUAUUUCAGCCAGAAACAAGAUGUUAUUUUGAUUAAGAAUCUUCUCAUUAGUGUCCAGCACAGAUGGGAACGAGUAGCAUCUAAAUCGGCGGAACGUACAAGAGCUCUAGAUUUAGGUUACAAAGAGGCUAGAGAGUUCCACGACUCGUGGUCUGGUUUGAUGAAUUGGUUGGAAGAAACUGAACAAAACUUGGACGAUUAUAUGGCUGAUACCGCCGGAAAUGAUCCGGAGAAAAUCAAAGCUCGUCUUACCAAACACCAAGAAUUCCAACGAGCUUUAUCAGGUAAACAGGCGACAUAUGAUUCCGUAAUGAAAAAUGGCAAACAACUUAAAGAUAAGGCCCCGAAAACCGAUGAGCCUACUCUUAAACAAAUGCUUGCGGAUUUGAAAAAUAAAUGGACUGCCGUUUGCAAUAAGAGUGUUGAGAGACAAAGAAAAUUGGAAGAAGCUCUACUAUACUCUGGUCAGUACAAAGAUGCUAUUGCAGCUCUUUUGGAUUGGCUAAAAAGGGUAGAGAAGGAAUUGUCUCAGGAUAGCCCAGUUCACGGUGAUUUGGACACUGUUAAUCAUUUGGUGGACUUGCACAGACAAUUCGAAAAAGAAUUGGAAAAACGAAAUGACCAAAUGGAAUCGGUUAUGCGAAGCGGACAAGAAUUAGAACGAACAGCAAGUAAACACGAUGCGGCUAAUAUAAGGAAACAACUUACCGAACUUACCCAACUCUGGGAGUCUGUAACUGGUUUGACGCAUCUUAAAACCGAUCGUCUCCAUGAGGCUCUCAAAGAAGCCGAAAAACUUCACAGGUCGGUCAAUAUGAUUCUCGACUGGCUUUCCGACGCCGAAAUGAAGCUUCGGUUUGUUGGAAACACUCCAGAAGACGAGGCUGCCGCUUACGAACAACUCAAAGCACUUGAUGAAUUCCGUGUACAACUCAAUGAGAAGGAGCUCGAGAAAGAUCAGACAAUCGACUUGGCUCAUAGGAUUCUCGCCAAAGCCCACCCCGAUGCCAUCAACGUGAUCAAAAACUGGAUUAAGGUAAUACAGUCCAGGUGGGAAGAAGUGUCCCAAUGGGCUCUUCAACGCCACCAGAAAUUAUCCACACACAUGCAAUCUUUACGUGAUCUGGACGAGUCGUUAGAAGAACUCAUCCAAUGGUUAUUGGGACUGGAAAAUAAUCUCAUAGCUCUUAAAAGGGAAGAACUGCCAAUGGACAUUCCUGCCACUGAACAGCUCAUUGCUGAUCACAAGGAAUUCAUGGAAAAUACUCAAAAGCGACAGGGAGAAGUGGACAGAGUUUGCAAGGCUAGACAAGUGAAACCAGCCCAGGGACCAAGAGACGUUAAGAAAUUCGGAAAGGGCAAAGGACCUGUCCGUGGCUCACAGCACGAUCUUCACGAACAUUCAACUGAUUAUGGCAAUCUUGGUCGCAAACAAAGCUUCAAAGGGUCUCGAGAUUUGUUGUCCCAACGUGGAAGCCGCACCAGUCCAGGCAGAGAGCUCAGUCCAGAAUAUGGAUACCCUCACAUUGGGCCAAGGUUCCCUCCAUCUGGAAGCGAACCAGAAUUCCGAUCUCCAAGAGUCAAAUUCCUCUACGACAAGUGGCGUCACGUGUGGGUGCUUUCCUGGGAAAGACAGAGAGAGCUAUACGAUCAUCUGGCUUAUUUGAAGGAGAAAGAGAAGGCAGACAACUUCUCUUGGGACGACUGGAGGAAACGUUUCUUGAAGUUCAUGAACUACAAGAAGUCGCGUCUAACAGAUCUAUUUAGGAAAAUGGACAAGGAUAACAACGAAUUGAUUCCUAGGGAAGACUUUAUCGAUGGCAUUAUUAAGACCAAAUUCGACACUUCGAGGUUAGAAAUGAAACACGUAGCGGACAUGUUCGAUGAGAACAACAGAGGUCUGAUCGAUUGGAAGAAGUUCAUUGCUGCAUUAAGACCGGAUUGGGAAGAAAAGACACCCGAUAACGAUGCUCAGAAGAUACACGACGAGGUGAAGCGGUUGGUGAUGUUGUGUACUUGUCGGCAGAAGUUCAGAGUGUUCCAAGUUGGAGAAGGAAAAUACAGGUUUGGCGACAGUCAAAAACUGCGCUUGGUUCGUAUUCUCCGAAGUACCGUAAUGGUACGUGUCGGAGGUGGAUGGGUAGCCUUAGAUGAAUUUUUACUGAAGAACGAUCCAUGCAGAGCUCACGAACACUUAGCCGAACUGAUGCCGAUCUUUGACGAGAUCCGGGCUAGAGGGGAGAUAGGCAACGCGUAUCCGCUGCACGUGGGUUCAAACGCCGGACCCACCCUUCACUUGGCCCACGUCAAUCCGAACACUUGCUAUUGGGUCAGAGAAAGGUCACAGAGGUCAGUACCAAUGGGAAGCUUACCGCGCAAUACCAAAUCAUCAUUAUCUGCUGGAACUCCCGAUUCAUUAAGCGACAAUGAGAGUGGAUUUAGAACGCCAAGAAGGCCGACGUAUCGGUCAAACAUCACCCCUGGUGGAUCGAGAAACAACUCGAGACCAGCAUCUAGAACGGGUAGCAGGCCUGGAAGUAAACCACCUUCUAGGCAUGGGUCGAAUUUGUCACUAGAUAGUACAGAUGAUACCCCUUCGAGAAUACCUAGACGAACACCAACUACCUCAGGUCGCAGUUCAGCAACGCUGUCGUCUGCCAAAAAGACAACUCUGAACGGAACGGGUUCAAGGCCAAGGACACCUAGUGGUCUUCGGUCGCCUGCUAGUCCAGCUCCUAGAUCAACGGGCAUAUCCAGAGCCUCAAGCAUACCAACCUUAACAGGACUUAGUUCAAGUUCAUCAAGGUCUCGCAUACCGAUAUACAGAGGACAUAGUAAGGACGAACCAGAGUCACUUUCUACGUCCAGUUCCUGUUCUAUGUCGCUUUCUUCUGGUGACAAAUCACUAUCAAGUAAAUCGAAAAUUCCAAUUCUAAAGAGGAGCGCAAGUUCAAACAAAGUUAGGCAAGUGACAAUUGGCGUUGCCCCAACGUUAAGGACUGCCUCUAGGACACGAACACCAUCAGGCUCCAACACGCCAGUCCAUCCAGACCAACAGACCGCAGUGUCCAGACUUCUGCGACGACCAUCUGGAGCGUCAGAGACACCUACCGGCGUUGCGCGUAAAAAGAAGUCGUCUAUCGAAGACAGGGAGCCAUUUAGGUUAUAAUUACUUUUACAAAAACACAUUUAGUUAGGUUUCUUAACUUAUUUCAACUUACAAUGACUGACAUAA